CCACGACACCCCGGCCGCCCGCUCCCACACACUCCACACAUGUCCGCGCGGAGCAGUCCUGCGGCAGCGCCCCGUGCGGCGCGGCGCAGCGCUGAGUCCGACGACGACGGCGAGGACCUCGUCGCCGGCGGCCGCGGCAUCGUCGCCGGCAGCGUCAGCGGCAGCGCCGACAGCUCCGAGGAGGAGGACGACGACCCGGAGGAGGCGGCGCGCGUCGCCGCCGGCUUCAUCGUCGACGACGAGGACGACGAGGAGCAGAGCGGCGACAGCGACGCAGAGAAGAAGCGCAAGCGGCGGAGGCGCAAGCAGAAGCGGCGGCGGCAGAUGGCCGAGGAUGAGGAGCUCGACGAGGACGACCUCGACCUGUUGGCCGAGAACACGGGCCAGCGGCGCCGGCGCGACGAGCGCAAGCUCAAGCGCUUCCGCCGCGGCUCGGCCACGCCCGAGCGCGGCGCCGCCGCUGCGCAGGACCUGAGCCGCAUGUUCGACGAUGACGACGACGAGAUGCCGGCGCCGUCACGUCGCCGCGCCACGGAAGACGACGAUGAGGACGACGAGGAGCUGCCGUCGGCCGCCGACGCCCUGCGGCAUGCCGCCGACGCCCGCGCGCGCCGCGAGCUCGCUGCGCCGGCGCCCACGGGCUACGAGGACGAGAUGGAGGACUUCAUCGACGAUGACGAUGACUCGGACAUGUCCGGCUCCGAAGUCUCGGACUCUGAGCGCGAGGCACGCCGUGCCGCCAAGCGGGCGGCGCGCAAGGCGGAGCGCGCAGCCCGCCGCGCAGAGAAGGGCAGCGGCGGUCUCGACCCGGCGCGCGCCGGCAUCGACCAGGAGGCCUGGGAGGAGCUGGCGGACAUCUUUGGCGACGGCGAGGACUUCGCGUGGGCGUUCAAGAAGGGCGACCGCGAGGGCGUGCCGGGCGCAGAGGAUGACAUGGAUGAGGCCGACGACGUGCAGGAGGAGAGCAAAAAGAAGGUCGAGUUCAAGGACAUCUUCGAGCCGGCUGCCAUUAAGGAGCGCAUGCUCACCGAGGAGGACGACCGCAUCAAGCGCGCCGACAUUCCCGAGCGCUUCCAGCUUGCGCUGCCGGGCGAGGAGGGCCUGCAGCUGCUGGAGCGCACGCUGACAGAGCUCGAGCUCGACGAGGCGGCCAAGUGGGUGGCGCCGCGCAUCUCGCUGCGCUGCCAGCGCCUCUUCCUCGCGCCCGACGGCGAGUUUACGCAGAUGCUGAGCGUGUGGCAGAUGUGCGUGCGCCGCGUCGUGCAGCUCGUCAUCAACGAGCACCGCGACGCCAUGUACCUCUUCGUGCACCACCCCGACGAGAUCGAGAUGCGCGGCGAGGACGCUGCGGGGCAGCGCACCGUCUACCAGCUGCUCAACCGCCGCGACCUGCAAGGGCUCGUCACUGCGUGCCUGCGCUUCAAGACGCUGCUGGCUCGGAAAGAGAGCCUGCGGGGCACGUUUGAGCGCAUGAACGAGGACGACGUCGAGAUGCAGAACCUCCGCAGCGACUUUGACCGCAUGCUCGAUGCCGCCGAGUCGACUGAGGAGGUCGGCGAGGUGUCCGACUGGCUCGCGAUGGUCGCUGGUCAGCGCAUGCGCGACGUGCAGGCUCUCGAGGCAGGACCCAGCGCCCUGGGCUUCAAGCGGCCGACGCUCGUCAGCCGGUACGAGCGCGUCAAGAAGACGAUCGCCGUGCAGUUCGCGCGCCGCGCCGCCAUGCCCUCGACGCAUCUGGCGAAGAACUACCAGUCCUCCACCGCGGUCCGGCCGCACACGUGGCAGGACCCGCAGGAGGAGCCAGAUGCGCUGGCGCCCGAGUACCUGCGCGAGGAGGACGGCCUGACCACGACGGAGCGCCUGCUCGACGACGCCAAGCUGCUGCUGUCGCACGAGAUUGGGCGCGACCCGACGCUGCGCCACGAGACACGACAGCUCUUCCGCUACUUUGGCGUCAUUGACGUGGUGCCGACGGAGCGCGGCGAGUCAAAGAUCGACGAGGAGCACCCGUACUACAACUUCAAGUACCUCGGCAGCAAGCCGGUGCCGGAGUUCCGCGAGGUGCAGGCGGGCCACGACCCUGCCGUGCUGGCGAACCCGGUGCAGUUCCUCAUGAUGCUCGAGGCCGAGGAGCAGCUGCUCGUCAACAUCACCAUCCGCCUCAUGCCGCACCAACUCACGGGCUUCGAGCGGCAGCUGCGCGUCAUGUACGACGGCGACGGCAGCAGUCCGGCAUCGGCGGCGUGGUCGGACUUCCGGCAAGACGUCGUGCACCAGGCAGUGGAGGAGUUCCUUGUGCCGACGGGCCGCGCAUGGGUGAAGGAGUGGCUGCGCGAGGAGUGCCGCGAGUGGCUGGGCAGGGCGUGCGAGAUGCAGCUGGGCCGCCGCAUCGACUGCCGCCCAUACGAGUCACGCAGCAUGCUUGCCAAGGCUCGCACGUCGAAGCUCAAGAGCGCACAGAUGUGGACCGAGAACGACGACGACGAGGCUGACGAGGACGAGGCGGAGGAGCGUCUCUCCUGGAGCUCACCCACCGUCAUGGCUGUGUCGCACGGCAUUGGCGACCCGCGCAUCGACCGCACCAAGGUCGUCGUUCUUGAUGCGCGCGGGCACCUGCUCUACUCCGACACCUUCGACGGGCUUAACUUCCCGCGCAACCAGCACGACGCGCCGCAGACGCUCGACCUGCCGGAAGGCGUCAUCGCCACUCCGCGCGAUCGCGAGGCACACGAGGCACGCUUGAGAUUCAUCGCGCUGCUCAAGAAGCGGCAGCCAGACGUCGUGGUCGUGACCGGCUUCAGUCCGCGCACUGUCGGCCUGCGCGCGCUCGUGGAGAUCAUGGCGGAGCGGGCGCACCGCGAAAUGUUCGCGGCGAGCAAGUUCUCCGAUGAGGACACGAACAUGCAGCUGGCGAUCGACGUCAUCUCUGUGCACGACGACGUUGCGCGGCUGUACCAGCACAGCAAGCGCGGCGAGGAGGAGCACCCGUCGCUCGACGUGCUGUCGCGCUACUGCGUCGGCGUGGCGCGCUACGCCCAGUCGCCGCUGCAGGAGUUCGCUGCGCUGACCGAGGACGAGCUCGUGUCGCUGCGGCACGACGCCCACCAGAAUCUGCUGCCCAAGGAGCGCCUGCUGCUGCACCUCGAGCGCACCAUCUCGGCUGUGACGAACGAGCUCUGCGUCGACAUCAACCGCGCGGCGCACGACAACUACUACGGCGCGCUGCUGAAGCACGUCUCGGGCCUGGGCCCGCGCAAGGCCGCUGCGCUCGUGCGCGCUAUCCACUCGAGUCUCGAGGGCACAGUCGUCAACCGCGACAGCCUGCUGUACGGCUCGCCCGACUCGGCGCUGGGCCAGGCCGAGGAGACGCAGGCGAUCCUGACCCAAAAGGUGUGGCACAACGCCUGUGCCUUCCUCACCAUCCGCACGGCGCGGCGACAGGAGCUGCAGGGCCGGCCAGACGUGCUGGACGCCACGCGCAUCCACCCGCAGAACUACCGCUACGCGCGCUUCAUUGCCUUUGACGCGCUGCGCAAGACGGAGGAGGACAAGGAGGACGGCGACCACCAGUCGCAGUUCUGCCGCGAGCUGCUGCGCGACGACCGGCGGCGCGAGCGCGUGCAGACCAUCGACCUGGCCGACUACGAGCGCGCCCUGCUGGCCGAGCAGGCGGCCAAGGGCGAGGCGCGCGCGCGCAAGCUGACGCAGCUCGAGUUCAUCGCGCGCGAGCUGGUGCAGCCGUGCCGCGACGAGCGCAACGACUACGCGCUGCCGACGCCCGACGACAUGCUCACGGCGCUCACGGGCGAGACGGAACGCACGUUGCGCAACGUCGACGUCAAUGUCACCGUCGUCAACAUCAUGAUGGACUCGAUCAUCGUGCGCCUCGACUCGGGCAUGGAGGGCACGAUCAACGGCGAGUACCUGCACCUGGGCCACGAGCACUACGAGCGCACGGGACAGCGCCCGCCGCGGCUGCGCGACAUUGUCAAGAAGGACCAGGUGCUCAAGGCGCAGAUCAUCGACCUCGACAAGGCCACGCUGCGUGUCGAGCUCACGGCGCGCCCCGACCAUCUGGCGCAGAUGACGGCCGGCGGCAACGCGCGCGCGGUGCGCCCCGACCCCAAGUACUUCAACAUCGAGCUUGACGCCAAGGCGCGCGACCGUGCCGCCAACGAGCGGCGCCGGCGCACCAACAUGCGCAACACGCGCUCCAUCGUGCACCCCAACUUCAAGAACUUCAAGGCCGGCCAGGCCGAGGAGUACCUGGCGAACCCGGCGUUCGAGAUCGGCACAGCCGUGGUGCGGCCGUCGUCCAAGGGCAACGACCACCUGGCCGUGACGUGGAAGGUGGAGGAGGGCGUGUACCAGCACAUUGACGUGCUCGAGCUCGACAAGGAGAACGAGUACGAGCUGGGCAAGGUCCUACGCGUCGGCAACAUGGGCACGUACUCCGACCUCGACGAGCUGCUCGUCGGGCACAUUCUGCCGAUGGCGCAGAUGGUCAAGCAGCUCGUGCACCACGAGAAGUACAAGGGCAGCGAGGAGCAGCUGGACCAGUCCCUCAUCAGCUUCACGCAGGCGAACCCGAACCGCAGCGUGUACGGCUUCUCGCUGGACCGGCAGCGGCCCGGCAUGUUCUCGCUCGGCUUCAAGGCGAACCGCGAGGCGCCGAUCCAGCGCUGGCCGGUGCGUGUGCUGCCCGGCCGCUUCAAGCUGCGCGACGCCGACCAGCUGCCGGACGUCAACUCGCUGUGCAAUUCGUUCAAGACGCAGUACACGACGCAGGCCAGCGCAGCCCGUGGCGGACGCACGCCGGGCCACCUCGGUGCCGCAACGCCGCGCGGCGCCCUGGGCCAGAGCUACGGCAACUACGGCGGCGCGACGCCUGCCGGUGCCGCGACGCCGGGCCGCUACGGCGCCUAUGGCGGAGCAGGCGGCGCCACGCCGAUGGCCGGCGGCCUCGCGAGCCGCACGCCGUACGGCGCCGGCAUGGCUGCGGCGCCCGCACGCACGCCGAUGCAGUAUCCCGUCCCCUCUGCCGGCGCACCACGCCCCGGCGCACCGCCGGGACCGCCGCCGCGCAUGCCGCCGCCGAGUGGGCCGAUGGGCUACGGCGCCCCGCCGCCGGGCAUGGGCAUGGGCGGCGGCAUGCCGUACGGCGCCAUGCCGCCGGGCCCCCCACCGCCAGCGCCAGGGCCGCCGCCGGGCGCGCCGCCGGCGCAGCAGAAGAGCGGCUUCAUCCACCCCGACCGCCUGGUGCAGCGCAGCGGCGGCGGCGCCUUCUAG